UCUCUCUCUCUCUAAAUUUUCUAUAAGCUGAGAUGUGUAAAACUUUGUAAUGUUCAGAUUCUAAGAGUGUUUGUAACCUGUUAUAUGUUUAGUUGGUUCGUCGUGUGCUUCCGCAUUGCAUUGGUGCCGCUCGAACUCUGCUUGUGUCUGGACGCAUGCGCGUCUGGGUCGUCGUGGGUACCGCGUACGACUGGGUCGUGUCGCAGCUCGAUUUCGAUUCUACUUUGUCGAUCGCCAUGGGCAAAACUCCCAAAAUGAUUCGAUUCACCAACCCGGGUUUGACCAAAAUGUAGCUUGACCUGCCAGGUUUGGGGGAAAACUCGCAGCCUGAUUUCGUCAAUUCUGAAUCCAUAUCAUUGAUCGGUUGUGACAUUGUGAGAACUUGAGUCAUGGGGUGUUUGUAAGUGAUCGAUGCUAGCGCGCUCCAAUGGCAUUGUUGUGUGGUGUUUGUAAGGGGCCGAUGCUAGGGAUUUCUAUAGUGCGUUGCAAUGGCACUAAUUAACAUGCGCAUUGUCAAUUCUGCCUGUAGUAGUAGAGGAUGGGUGUGCUAUCGCGGAAGGUCCUACCGGCUUGCGGGGCCCUGUGCUACUUCUGCCCUGGGCUCAGGGCACGAUCCAGGCAACCCGUUAAGCGGUACAAGAAGAUCCUUGCCGAAAUCUUCCCCAGAACACAGGACGAAGAACCAAAUGAUAGGAGGAUCGGGAAGCUGUGCGAGUACGCCGCCAAGAACCCUCUUAGAGUGCCCAAGAUCACAGUUUACUUGGAGCAAAGGAUUUACAAGGAAUUAAGAGCCGAGCAGUAUGGUUUUGCAAAAGUGGUGAUGCUGAUAUACCGCGGACUGCUGGUGUCUUGCAAAGGACAAAUAGCACACUGUUCUGCGCUCCGAGCAAGCGCCACUGAUGCUACAAUAUAUCAAAGUUCUGAAAUUGUGAGCAUUCAUAUAGAGUCCAGACCAAAAUGAAGCCUUCCCGUGCGUUUGGAUUUUCAGCCGUUGGAUUGGCUGUCCAAAACGAUCCAGACUGUCGGAUGUUCAGACGGAGCAAUCUGGGUCGUCGGAUCGAAUUGUGCGUCCUCUGGUGUGCCACCGCCUGUUAUUUCGGUGCCCUCCAAUGGGCAUUUUGGUCUUUUCACGUGUACAGCCCUGCUCCCAUUCGUCCCUCGCAGGAAACCUAGCCGCCGCCCUCUUCCACUCGUCCUCCUCCCAUCACGCCGCACUCGCACUUCCCCUGCCGCACAACCGCCGCCGCGCAGCCACCACUCCCCCUCAAGGUCACGCCCCUCCCCUCCCCCUCCUACCCUCUCCUCCUCGCUGUUUUCUCCUGCCUCUCUCCUCUUUGUUGUUGUCUGCCCAAGAUGCGGUCACCCCGCCCGCUUCUCCCUCCCCUCCACACCCCACCCGCGCCCCGUGUCUCUCUCGUCGGAGCGGCUGGCAGAAGGCGGAGAGGACGACCGCCACCCACCACCACCGCCAUCGGCGCCGCGGCAGGCGCCCACCGCAUUCCCCACGUCGCCGUUGCCGCCGCAGUCCGAUCCGAGGCAGGAGGCGGAGAGGACGACCGCCACCCACCACCACCAUCACCGGUGCCGCGGCAGGCACCCACCACGUUCCCCACACUGCCGUCGCUGCCGCAGUCCGGUCCGAUCCGAUCCAACCCGACCCACCGACUGACAGGCCGUCUUGGCCAUGCUGGUGCUCCUUCUCCUUCAACCUACUGCUGCUGAUCCCUGCCUCGCUGCUCCUCCUUCUCCUCUCAACGCUGCUGCUGCUCAUCGGCUUACAACUGCUGCCUCUUCUCUCCUCCGUUCCCUACUGCUUCUCCUUCUCUGAACUUGAACCCUUGCUGCUUUGUCUCUGAAUCUCCCUUUGCUGCUACUCUGCUUUCCUUGCUGCUCCUCCUCCUCAAUGCCCCCUGCUGCCUCUGUUUCUUCUCUGAACCUGAACCCUUGCUCUCUCUCUCUCUCUGAAAUUUCUAGAAGCUGAGAUGUGUAAAACUUUGUAAUGUUCAGAUUCUAAGAGUGCUUGUAACCUGCUAUAUGUUUAGUUGGUUCGCCGUGUGCUUCCGCAUUGCAUUGGUGCCGCUCGAACCCUGCUUGUGUCUGGAUGCAUGCGCGUCUGGGUCAUCGUGGGUACCGCGGACGACCGGGUCGUGUCGCAGCUCGAUUUCGAUUCUGCUUUGGCGAUCGCCAUGGGAAAAACUCCCAAAAUGUUUCGAUUCACCAACCCGGGUUUGACCAAAAUGUAGCUUGACCUGCCAGGUUUGGGGGAAAACUCGCAGCCUGAUUUCGUCAAUUCUGAAUCCAUAUCAUUGAUCGGCUGUGACAUUGUGAGAACUUGAGUCAUGGGGUGUUUGUAAGUGAUCGAUGCUAGCGCGCUCCAAUGACAUUGUUGUGUGGUGUUUGUAAGGGGCCGAUGCUAGGGAUUUCUAUAGUGCGUUGCAAUGGCACUAAUUAACAUGCGCAUUGUCAAUUCUGCCCGUAGUAGUAGAGGAUGGGUGUGCUAUCGCGGAAGGUCCUGCCGACUUGCGGGGCCCUGUGCUACUUCUACCCUGGGCUCAGGGCACGGUCCAGGCAACCCGUUAAGCGGUACAAGAAGAUCCUUGCCGAAAUCUUCCCCAGAACACAGGACGAAGAACCAAAUGAUAGGAGGAUCGGGAAGCUGUGCGAGUACGCCGCCAAGAACCCUCUUAGAGUGCCCAAGAUCACAGUUUACUUGGAGCAAAGGAUUUACAAGGAAUUAAGAGCCGAGCAGUAUGGUUUUGCAAAAGUGGUGAUGCUGAUACACCGCGGACUGCUGGUGUCUUGCAAAGGACAAAUAGCACACUGUUCUGCGCUCCGAGCAAGCGCCACUGAUGCUACAAUAUAUCAAAGUUCUGAAAUUGUGAGCAUUCAUAUACAGUCUUUGGAUCAAACAACAAAGGCAGCACACAUAAUUACAAGGCCUAAAAGCGCUAUAGAUAUACUUCGACAAAUUUUCUCAUACAUAUCCUAUGAGUGCUUUCAGCACAUUUUGGAGUCCUGUCAAAUAUUUCUGCAGGGGCUGGUUCCCAAGGGGCAGGAUUGCAGUCCUUCAGAUCUGCUGGGAAGAAGGUGGCUUUCGGAAUGGGCCUUACUCUCUGGUUUUUCCUUCCACGACAACAUGGUGUACGAGUCGGCAUGAGCUGUGUAAGGUACUGAUGAUCUCUGAUGUGAGAUACUCAUGUGAUUAUAAUGUCGCUGCCUCCCUUUGCAAGCAUACCAAUGUGCGUUGAUCAACUGGAAGUCAAGGUUCUGGUCAAUUGAUUUAUAUCUCGAAUUUCCUUCUAUUUUCCUUCGUGCUCAUCUAUCCCGCGAGUUAUUGUACAUGCACCCCCAUUAUUAUGCUAAAGAAAAAACAUGUGAAUGAUUUUGUAAGAGUUCGGAGUACUAUGAGCAUUUCUAAAGAUUCACACCACAUCGACUUCUGGAGCAGGCAUUCACCUUAAUGCAGGGGACAUAUGGUCGGUAACAAUCUUCUCAUGUUUAAUUAGCCUUUGUUGCUCCAUUUUAAAUAUCGUCCUGCAUGGAAGUGUUUUGUUCCUUUCUUCUUGCUGAGUACUUCAUGGCCUGGUUGUGUUUGACCCCUUUGUGGUGCUGACUGGUGUGCCGUCCCGGUCAGAGCCAACAUGAAGAGAGAGGUGGGGAGGACUUGUGUAUAUGAUUAGGGGGUCAUGGAUUUGUGUAGCUAGCUACCAUGGCUAAUCUUGUGUCUGAUGCACAUAUUUAUUUUUAUGGUUUGCUUCCUGGUGUUCUAAUUUGAGAUUUCCUGCCUUACUUUUGGCAGUACCUCCAUCAAAACUAGGAAGACAUUUUUUGGUGUUCUAAUUUGAGAUUUCCUGCCUUACUUUUGGCAGUACCUCCAUCAAAACUAGGAAGACAUUUUUUAGUAAUGUUGUGCUUCUUGUACCAUACUUGUGGUUAUAUUUUUUUGGAUUGCAAAAUUUUAUUUGUUUCCAUUCUAGGUUCACUCAUCUCUUUAGAAUUCUAUCAACAGAUUUUUCAGAGAACACCUCGACGAGCAAGAUCUUCAGACAGAGCUAUCCAAUACACUACUAUCUCCAUAUGACAUAGAAAAAUUAUAUAUAUAUCGGUUCUCUUAGGCUACCGUUAGGACUUGCUUUUGGUAUAUCAUGUGACAUUUUCUAUGACAUCCUCAAAGUGAUGUAAUUAACCAAACCAUUGUUGUUAUUAGUGCUUAGUUCCUCCUAUAUCUUUCUUUGAGAAAUUCAAACAAUGGAAUCAGUCGUCUAUAUUUCCUUCCAUCUGUGGAAUACAUAUUGUAUAACCAGUAAUGGACUAGGUGGGUGCUGCCAUCGUGCUUUGCUAUUUGUGUAAUAGCCUGAAUAAAAAAUGAAUCAUGUUCUACCAAGUUGGAUAUAACUCUCACUGCAUUGUAAACAAGUUAUUGUGGGCUGCUA